AUGUUCCCCUUUAUCAGCAAGCUUCUCGACAACCUCAAUGACACUUGGUGCGACAGUAUCCUGGACAGCGGUGUCCUCCCGCAUGCUGUCAUUCGCGUGCUCAUCCGCAGGGAGCUGCGCCGUCGCCUCGAUGAGAUCACUCCUCCCUUUCCGGACAAGGUCAUCGCCACAGUGUCUGCCAAGGGCAAUUCCAGCCUGAAAGCCAAACUCGAAGAAAUGGCUCCGCCCAAGAUUGCUCUCCUCCCGGGCGUCCUUGCUCCCAUCUCGCGCUGGUCCGAGACUCUGGCGUACAAGAUGAACUUCUUCGAGACUGUUCGCCAUCAGCCCAUCGCUAUCGAGACGGACGCCGCAAACAGACAAAACUACGAGAUCGCCACAGGAAUCAUGGCGAACAUGCUUGGUCCCAGGAUCAAGUAUAGCUGCUCAUAUUACCCCACCGGCAAUGAGUCAUUGGGAGAGGCCGAGGAGAAGAUGCUUGACCUCUACAUCGAGAGGCUGGGUUUGGAGGCUGGCAUGAGGUUCCUGGAUCUCGGAUGCGGUUGGGGAGCUGCCGUCUUGUACUUCGCCGAGAAGAUUCCAGGCAUGGAGGUCGUAGGCUUCUCCAAUUCACGCACUCAGAAGGAGUACAUCGACGCCAAGGCAAAGGAGUUGGGCCUGAUGAAUGUUCGGAUCAUCACUGGAAAUUGUACCGACUAUGAAUUUGAGCGCGACUAUUUCGACCGGGCGUUGUCCGUCGAGCUGUUCGAGCACAUGAAGAAUUACGAAGGUCUGAUGGCCAAGAUGUCGAGAGCCCUUCGUCCCGGUGGCCAGCUUCUCGUCCACCACUUCUGCCACCGUACGACGCCGUACCAUUACGAGGAUGGAUGGAUGGCACGCACUUUCUUCACUGGAGGAACCAUGCCCUCAUCAGAUCUCCUUCUGUACUUCCAGAAGGACCUGGUCAUCAAGAAGCACUGGUGGAUCAAUGGAUACCACUACUCGAAGUCUCUCGAGCAUUGGCUCGAGAACACCAUGGCCAGAAAGGAGAGGAUGAUGCCGCACCUGGCAGAGACAUACGGCGAGGAAAAGGCCGUCGUUUGGCACAACCGUUGGCAGAUCUUCCACCUGGCCAGCUCGGAAAUGUUCAAGACGGACGGAGGCGACACGUGGGGGGUCACCCAUGCUUUGUUCGAAAAGCCAGAUAUGGCAAUGCAGGUGUUCGGCUUGCUAGCCCUUUGA